CCGGGGGUGGCUCUUUGCUUUCUCGCCUGCCCGGAGCUCGCAGGGGCUCGCCUGGAGGAUGUCUCACCCCGUCGGCACAGGUGUCAUUGCUGGGAGAAAACUCGUGCCAUUGCCUGCUGUGGUGAGCUCAGAGCAUGUUGCUAAGGGCCAGCCCCAGGCGGUUUCUGGAGCAACAUCUUCUCUUUGUGGAGACCGCAGAGCAGCAGCACCCGGCUCAGAAGUCGCUCCCGAAUCCAUUCAUGACUGAGGAACCCUCUGUCCCAGCCGAGCCAGACCUGCCGUCCUCCAACCUCACCAACGUGACAGACUGCGGCGAGGAGAUCCUGCUCUAUGGGGACACUGAGAAGAUCAUCAUUGGAGCAGUGCUCUCCAUCAUCAUCCUCAUGACCAUCGCUGGCAACGGUCUGGUCAUCAUCUCCGUGUGCAUCGUCAAGAAGCUCAGGCAGCCCUCCAACUACCUGGUGGUGUCCCUCGCAGCCGCUGACCUGUCGGUGGCCUUUGCUGUCAUGCCCUUCGUGACCAUCACAGACCUGGUGGGGGGAGAAUGGCUCUUUGGGAAGGUUUUUUGCAAUGUGUUUAUCGCCAUGGACGUUAUGUGUUGCACCGCCUCCAUCAUGACCUUGUGCAUCAUCAGCGUGGACAGGUAUCUGGGGAUCACUCGGCCACUGACAUACCCCGUGAGACAAAAUGGGAAGCUGAUGGCCAAGAUGGUCUUCAUCGUUUGGCUCCUGUCUGCCUCCAUCACCCUUCCUCCUCUUUUUGGCUGGGCCAAGAAUGUCACCGUGGAAAGAGUCUGUCUCAUCAGCCAGGACUUUGGGUACACAGUCUACUCUACAGGGGUUGCCUUCUACAUCCCCAUGGCGGUCAUGCUCGUCAUGUACAGCCGGAUCUACAAAGCCGCCAAGGUCAGCGCCGAGAAGCACCGCUUCAUGAACUUCCCCAAGCACUAUGAAGAGGAGGGCGUCUAUUGCCUGGAGGCCUCCAGCCGGAGCCACCACAGCUCCAAGCGUACCAAAGCAGUGGAGGAAUGCGCCACGCUCUCCAAACUGCUUCGGCAAGACCGAAAGAAUAUUUCCAUCUUCAAACGGGAGCAGAAAGCAGCCAGGACCCUCGGCAUUAUCGUGGGGGCAUUCACAUUUUGUUGGCUUCCGUUCUUCCUGAUGUCAACGGCUCGGCCUUUCAUCUGCGGCAUCCGCUGCAGCUGCAUGCCCCUGCGGCUGGAGAGGACUCUGCUCUGGCUGGGGUACACCAACUCGCUCAUCAACCCCUUGAUUUAUGCUUUCUUUAACCGAGACUUGAGGACUACUUUCUGGAACCUCCUGAGGUGCAGGUACAGGAACAUCAACAGGAGGCUCUCCGCCGCCAGCAUGCAUGAGGCUCUGAAAGCCACAGAGAGGCACGAAUGCAUCCUGUAGAGCCACUCAGUGCCUGACCAACGAACUCCUGCCUCUCCAUUUCAGGUUCCUCACUUCUCUUGCCUCUCGGGGCUGGCAGAAACCAUGUGUGCCGUUGUCCGCCUGCCAGACAUUGCCACUGAGAGUGACACCUCUUCCCCUCGCCACAGGAGGACUUGCGUUUCUCCUCGCCUCGGGAACAAGUGGGUUCUCACCAUGUCCCAGGUGGGAGCUGAGCAGCUGUGAGCAAGACUGGGCGUUCAAGUUCUACUACCAACUGUGGGCAAGUCACACCACCUUUCUGUGCCUCAGUUUCCCCAUCUGUUAAAAGGAAAAAAAGAAAAAAAAAGGAAAGGAAAAUAAACUCUCCCAACCAAACAAAAAAACAAA